UAUGUAAUUCCUAUUCGAAAUUCUCAGUUUUAUUUCAACCCUACCCCAUCCAUCGAUGGAAAAUGUGUCAUCGACGAAAACGGGCGACGGACUACAGCGGCAACACCUACCUGGGCCUCCAGCUGGGGACCCUGCGGUUGAGGGCCGUGAUUGUGGACUCUGAAAUGAAGGUCCAGCACACGGCCACCGUAAACUACGACGUGGAUCUGCCGGAGUUCGAGACCUCGGGUGGAAUCCUCACCGAUACCCACCCCGACGAGGGCCUGGCCAAUCCCGUGAUGUGGGUGAAGGCGCUGGACAUGCUGCUGAACUGCCUGAGCGCGCAGGGGGCGGACCUGCACUCGGUGGCGGCCAUCGCGGGAGCGGCGCAGCAGCACGGGUGCGUCUUCUGGUCGGACAUCGGACUGCGGCGUCUGUGCAACCUGAAUGCGAUCCUGCGGCUCCACGAGCAGCUCAACGCCAACGCCUUCGAGCUGACGCGCACGCCCGUCUGGCUGGACGGCUCGGCGAGCGCGCAGGCCUUCGAGAUGCAGCAGGAAGUGGGCGGCUCCAACGACAUGGCGGCCAUCACGGGGUCGCGGGCCUAUGCCCGGUGCACCGGGCCCCAGAUCCGCAAGGUCUACCAGGAGUGUCCGGAGCACUACGAGCGCACGUCGCGGAUUUCGCUGGUGAGCAGCUUCCUCUCCUCGCUGCUGGUGGGCGGCGUGGGCUCCAUCGACCUCUGCGAUGGGUCCGGCAUGAACCUGCUGGACAUCCACAACCGGGAGUGGUCCGAGAAGUGCCUGGCGGCGUGCGCGCCGGACCUGGCCAGGCGCCUGAUGAAGCCCAUCGACCCGUCGCGCCUCCAGGGACGCGUGGCCGACUACUACGUGAAGCGCUGGAACUUCCGGCCCGACUGCAUGGUGGUGCCGGCCAUCGGCAUCGCCCACUCCCGGUUCGUGGGCAUGCUGCUGGAGAAGGACUUGCUCGUGCUCACGAUGGACAUCGGCGACGGCCUGAUGGUGCACCUGGGCAAGGUGCACCGCAAGAUGGACGAGGGCCAGGUGCUGUGCCACCCCACCAUUCCCAACGAGUACAUGGGCCUGCUGUUCUUCCGCAACGGCUCGGAGAUCAGGCAGGCCUUCUGCGAGCAGCUGGCCGACGGCGACUGGGAGCGCUUCAACGCGAUGCUCGACGCAACGCCGAUGGGCAACGACGGCCACCUGGCCAUGCACUUCCCCGACAGGGAGUUCAUUCCCGACGCCAAGGGCACGCUGCGGUGGAGCUCCAAUCUGAACCCCACGUCGCAGGAGGCUCUGCACGGCGUCCAGCAGUUCGAGCGGCCCGAGACGGAAGCCCGCGCCCUCAUCGAGGGCCAGCUGAUGCAUCACCGCGCCGUUGCGCAGGACCUGGGCUUCCAGUUCGGACCCAACACCACGGUCGUCGUGGCGGGCCCCGACUCGAAGCACCGCGGUAUCCUCCAGAUCGUGGCCGACGUCUUCAAUGCCCCCGUCUACGAGAAGCUCGGUCCCGGGCCCUGCCUCCUCGGGUGCGCCUACCGCGCCCGCUACGCCUUCUACGAGCACCGCGAGGCCACCUGCAGCUGUCGCCGCUGCCACAAAAGCCAGACGCCCCAGCAGAGCUUCGGGGAGUUCUUCAGCAAGCUGCCCAAGGACCUGAACCUCGUGGCCAGUCCCCGUCCCGGCUGCGCGGAGGUCUACGCCCCCCUAAUCGUCCGCUGCAUGAACAUGUGCCAGCUGCUGGCGGCCAGCACCAGCAUCCACGACAGCCACAUGGUCUUGACGUGAUAUCUAAGGUUUUUA